AUGGCGGCUCCGAACGAGAGUACUUAUGACUAUAUCGUCUGCGGUGGUGGCACAUCCGGAUGUGUCGUCGCGGCUCGUCUCGCCGAGAAUCCAGAGAUUUCGAUCCUACUCAUCGAGGCUGGUCAACAUAAUAAGGAUUUGGAGAAUGUACACAUGACAGGAGGAUGGUCGAACAAUUUCGACUCCGAGACGGACUGGAAUUUUGUGACUCCGCCCAUGAAGGGCGUGGAUAACCGUCAGGUGAAGUUGAGUCGUGGUCGAUUCCUCGGUGGAUGCAGUGGCUGCAAUGGAACUCUUUGCAUCCGUGGUGCCAAGCAGGAUUACGAUGACUGGGGUUUGGAUGGGUGGAGUGGAGAGGACUUCUUCAAGUACAUGAGAAAGGCAGAAACAUUCCACCCCAAACCGUGGCACAAGGCUGAUACUGAGAGCCACGGUUACUCCGGACCUCUCCACACAGAACCUCACGACCUAGCUCCCAUUUCUGAGCUACUACUCCAGUCAUUGGAAUCGCAAGGAAUGCCCCUGCAUCAUGACAUGUUCAGCACCGGCGAUGUUGCCCAAGGAUGUGGCCAUGUUCCUCGUACAGUGUACAAAGGGAUCCGAACAACAGGCGCCGAUUUCGUGACGAAGAAAAACCACCGCAACAAUAUAACAAUCACGACCGAUACAACCGUCGACAAAGUGAUUUUCAAGCAGCAAGGCGGACAGACUCGCGCGUCAGGCGUUGUCACCAAGGCGAACGAUGGUACAAUGAAGACAUUCUUCGCUAGAAAGGAAAUCAUUAUUUCCGGAGGCGCAUACUGCAGCCCUGCCAUUCUUCUUCGCUCGGGUAUCGGCCCUAAGGAAGAAUUAGAAAAGCACCGCAUCCCAAUCACAUUAAACUUACCCGGAGUCGGAAAGAACCUCAUGGACCACCUAAUUGUCUUCAUGUUCUACGAAACCGAAAAGGCAGGGCUUACAAAUGACUACGCCGUAUACCACAAUGAUAAUUUCGAACACACCUACAAGCUUUGGAAAGAAAAGAAAUCAGGCUUCCUUUCUACAUUUCCCUUCGGUAUCUUCGCCUUCGCCAGAAUAGACGAGCGACUCAAGGACGAACCACUAUGGAAAAACGCACCCCGCCUCCCAGGCCGCGAUCCAAUGGGUCUAGCUCCUAACCAGCCAAACAUAGAAUUCUUCACGACAGAGUGCUAUGGUGGACCAAAGCAGUAUGAUCAAUUCCCAGGUAACAACCAGCAUGCAUUCUCGAUGAUAGCGGAAUUAUUUGCGCCGAAAUCACGAGGCUCUGUUACGCUUACGUCGGCUGAUCCGUUGGAGAACCCUGUUGUUGAUUGUAACUAUCUGGAUGAUCCGUUGGAUAUGUUGGUACUUAGUGAGGCUUGUCGAUUUGGCAAUGAGGUCGUUAUGAAGGGGGCUGGAACAAAGAAUAUUGUCAAGGGAUCUUGGCCUCCGAAUUUGAAGCAUCAUACCUAUACGACCAGGGAAGAUUGGGUUCCAUACGUCAAGAAGCAUGCUACGACUUGUUAUCAUGCUGCAGGCACGUGUGCGAUGGGGAGAGAUGAUAACCCCAUGGCUGUUCUGGAUGAGAAAUUGCAGGUUAGAGGUGUGACUGGACUCCGUGUGGCUGACUGUAGUGUUAUGCCGACUUUGCACGGAGGUCAUGCCCAGAUGCCGGCUUAUGGAAUUGGUGAGAAGUGUGCGGAUCUCAUUAAGGAGACUUGGCGCCAGGCAGGAAAUGUCUACCCUCGGAUUUGA